UAGGGUCCAUGGAUAGCAUAAUUAGUCAACAAAUACAUCCGCCCUGCUAACAAGUUGUCUAAGUCGAUGCAAAAUACCCUGGUUUCAGUAAUAACAAAACCAUGAUUGUAUUUGUACCACUUGCUUGACGCCACUCUAUAUAUCUCUACGAUACUUGUUAAAAAUUUAAGAGAGAAAUAGAUAUGCUUCUUUACUUUAUGCUACAUCUGUUUUUAUUUCCUUAUUAUAUGGGAACUCUUAAAGGUUCUACCUUAAGCGCUACAAACAACAUCGGAAAGCCAGGGUGUCUAACCAUGUGCGGGAAUCUGUCAGUUCCAUACCCUUUCGGUAUCGGUAAAGACACAGGCUGUUCUCUAGACGACUCGUUUUCGGUCAUUUGUAACACCUCUUAUUCAGAGCCCAAAUUGUUCCUCCUUUCAAGUGGCAUAGAAAUAUACAACAUUUCGGAUUCAGAAUUCCGCAUAGCCACAGACGUUGCUUAUAAGUGCUACAACGAAGACAAGACUCUAAGUUGGGAUCUCGACAUGAAUUAUACGAUUAGUCCAUUCAGUUUCUCUCCCAAGAACAAGUUUAUAGUUAUUGGGUGCGACGAUUUUUCUAUGAUCAGGGGCGAAGGCUUUUCUGGUGGCUGUGUUGGAUUGUGUAGCCAAGCACGACAUGGGCCCGGGGGGCAAUGCUUAGGAAUGGGGUGUUGUGAGACAUCUAUACCCAAGGGCCUAGACUACUACAACGUGACACUUUACACCUUCCGAAACCACUCGGAUGUUUGGUCUUUCAACACCUGCGGCUAUGCGUUUCUAGGUGAGGAAGGCAGCUUUAAGUUUCAAGGUGCGAGUGAUUUAACCGACGAAUGGAGUGUUUGGGAGAGGAUAUUGUCGACUGUCCCUGUUGUGGUAGAUUGGGUAGUUGCAGGGAAUUGCUCAGAAUGCAAAGGAAACAGUUCAUGCGUUGAGGUGGCAGAUGUAGAUGGUGGUGGGUAUCGUUGUAAAUGCAACAAUGGUUACGAGGGUAACCCCUAUCUUCAUCCAGGCUGCCAAGACAUCAACGAGUGUGAAGAUCUGGAAACCAACCCUUGCUAUGGUGAUUGCAUGAACACUCUAGGAGGUUACACUUGUAGUUGUCCACUAGGAUCUUUCGGUGAUGCAAAAGCAGUAAAUGGGUGUCAGCAUGCUAAAGAUUCACAAUUUUCUUCAACCAUAUACAUUAUAGGAGCGAUGCUUGGCCUCUUAGCAAUACUAUCCGUCAUAGUGGGGAUUUUCUUUGGUAUAAGGAGGAGGAAGCUAAUGAACCUCCGAGAAAAGUUCUUUGAGCAAAAUGGUGGUGUGUUGCUGAAACAAAAGAUCAAUUCACAAGGGUCACAUGAGGCAAUGACUUUGUUUAGCACUCACCAACUUCGUAAAGCCACUGAUAACUAUUCUCAAGAGAACAUUAUUGGUCGAGGGGGCUAUGGUGUUGUGUACAAGGGUGUUUUGUCUGAUAAACAUGUAGUUGCAAUAAAGAAGUCUAAAAUAGUGGAUGGGAGCCAAGCUGAACAAUUCAUAAAUGAAGUUUUGAUCCUAACACAAGUAAUCCAUCGAAAUGUUGUAAAGCUUUUAGGGUGUUGCUUGGAAGAGGAAGUCCCUAUACUAGUUUAUGAAUUCAUCUCCAAUAACACUCUUUUCCAUCACAUCCAUUCUAGAUUGGGUGGAAUGAAUUGGUUAUCUUGGGAGAAUCGAUUAAGAAUAGCUGUUGAAGCUGCCGGAGCAAUUGCAUACCUUCAUUCGGAAACUAUUAUGCCAAUCAUACAUAGAGAUGUCAAAUCUACAAACAUAUUACUAGAUGAUAACUACAUAGCAAAAAUUUCAGAUUUUGGUGCAUCAAGGCUAGUCCCAAUAGAUCAUGAACAAGUAACUACUCUUAUUCAAGGCACAUUAGGGUAUUUGGAUCCAGAGUACUUCAACACAAGCCAACUAACUGAGAAAAGUGAUGUAUAUAGCUUUGGAGUGGUCCUUGCAGAACUCAUAACAGGAAAAAAACCCAUUGGUGUUGAUAGAGCCAAUGUUGAAAAAAAUUUAGCAACAUAUUUUGUGAAUGCAGUUAAAGAAAAUCGCUUAUUUGAAAUUGUUGAACCUCGAAUAUUACGUGAAGGGACAUUUGGGCAAAUACAGGCUGUAGGUGAUUUAAUAAAGAGAUGCCUAAGCUCAAAAGGCCAAGAUAGACCUACAAUGAAAAAGGUGGCAGUGGAGCUAGACAACUUAAGGAAAUUCACAACUCAUCAAUGGAUCCAACAACAUAAACAUCAAGAGACUAAAAGCCUGGUCCUAGAAGUUGAACAAUCUGAUCUUUACGAUGUCCCAUUAGUUUCAUAUGGUAAUAAUGAUUCAGAAUCUUACUAAGCUAGGACACACAUGGUGCUUAAAGAUAACAAACCACGUGGGUGCUUCUCACAGUGCAAUUGUGUGAGCAUCACCACACCUAGCUUGCACAAAUUAUUAUUAAUAAGGUUAUAAAUGUUGUCCUUAAUGUUUUCAGGUUAUGUGGCCACUUUUAGCUUGCUUGGCUUUCAAGCUAUGCAAUGCAAAAAAACUACACUUCCUUGUAAAUAAAAGUUCUAAAGUUGUCCUAUAUGAAUAUUUCUAAAGGAGGAUUCAGGCCUAAGAUAUAUAUUUGUUGUUGCAUUUGGUUGUAAUAUUGGGUCGGUGUCUGUUUUUCCACAUAGUCUAUCUUUUAGCCAAUAUUGUUUAUUCAUGU